AUGUAAUAAAUUUUUUUAUUUAUUUUCCAAAUUUUAUUAAAUCUAUUUUUCUGUUCCCAAUAUUUCGAAGAAUACAACAAAUACGAUUACUUAGACAACGGUGAUAACUGGUAAUGGGAUGAUAUAUAAAAUUGUAAAAAAUCCUUAAUAUAAAGUCCCAUAGAUUUAACAAUAGAAAAUUCAUAAAUAUCUGAAAAUCAAUAUAUGUUCCCACACUAUAAUCCAGGAAAAAUGAACGUUACAAAACUAAAUACUACGGUAUAUUUAAACUCAGUUGAUGAUACCGGAUUAGGCAGGUACUUUUAGAAUGGAUUAUAUAAGAUUUAGAACUCCGUCUGA